UAAGGAGAACCAGACCUGCAGCUGUACACCUGGCUGUGACUGUGUGGACGGGAUGGUGCUGAACAACGGAGAGUGCAUCAGGGCCAUCGACUGUCCCUGCUACUACCCUCCUCACGAGAAAUUCUACAAGUUUGGCGCCACCUUUGCUAAGGAUGAGUGCACCACAUGUGCCUGUACUAAGGGAGGGAUCGAGUGUGACAUGGACUGUAACAUCUCACCUGAGGACUGUCAGGAGGGGGAGGUGUUCGAGAACGUCCCUGGGAAAUGCUGCGGAUGCUUCCCAAGCACCUGUACAAAUGGUAUGGAGUACCAGUCCAUCUGUGCGUGCCAUCGCACCUGCACUAACCUGACGGCCACCUGUGAUAUGGACACCUGCCAGCCUGGCUGUGCCUGUCCUGACGACAUGGUCUUCAACGGUCUGGAGUGUGUGGAACCGACACAGUGUACUUGUGAAUACGAAGGGAAAUCUUAUUCUCCAGGAGAGAUCUGGGUGCCAGGAGAGUGUACCAUGUGUAAGUGUAUGGAUGACCACACACCCAGCUGUGGAGAGUACUGUCCCAUCACACAGUGUUACUAACAUGUUUGUACAUGUA